AUGGACGCCACCGCCGCUACGCUCGACGUCGGCCCCACGCUCGGCGCGGCCCUGCUCGGCAACACCUUCGCCGCUGCGCUGUACGGGAUGUCGACGCUGCAGAUGUACAUGUACUUCGGGGAGGGCAACAUGGACGGAUUCGGGCUGAAGGGUCUGAUGGUGGCGCUCUGGCUGCUCGACACUGCACAUAUAGCUUUCACGACUCACGCCGUCUACGAUUACGCCGUCACGAACUACGGGAACCCGGCCGCGCUAGCGUCCCUUACAUGGAGUAUAGCGGCCCAACUUCUAGCGACUAGUGCAAGCGAUAUGAUCGUCCGAGGAAUAUUCUGCUACAGGAUAUGGAUAUUGAGCCAGAGAAAUUGGAUCAUUCUCACAGGCACCGUCUCGUCUUCGCUGUUGGCUACAGCUCGUUUCAACUCAACUCACAGCUUCUCUGCCGAAACUUACGAGAAGCUGCACGAGUCCGGGUGGUUGAUCGAAGCUGACCUUGCGGUGACGCUCUUCACGGACCUCAUCCUGGCCGUCGCCCAAUGUUAUCUGCUCUACACCCGGAAUGGCGAAUUCAAGAAGGUGCAGUCCGCGAUCCAAGGCAUCAUGUUGUACAUUAUCAGCACCGGCAUCUUUACAACAUUGAUAACGCUCGGCUGUCUUAUCGCGUACGUGCUCCGGCCGACGACGCUCAUCUUCGUCGCCUUCUACUUCUCGAUGGGCAAAUUACUGCUCAACACCCUGCUCGCGUCGCUCAACGCGCGGAGGCGCCUGCGCGAGAAGAUGAACGACACCUCGAUCGCCUUCCAGCGCUCGACCGGCGUGAACUCGUCUCGCCAAUGGCACACAGACGACCUCCAGGACGUCACUCCGGUGGGCCCGGAAGCGGCCCGCCUGUCGUACAAGAGCGGCGACGUGACGUACGGCGCCCGCAAGUCGUACAACAGCUCCUCAGACUCCCAUUCCGAAGCAUGA